GUCAGCAGUGGGAUUGGCUAAAGAUUUCCAUAUCUAGCUGUGUACAUGAACAUGGAAGUUAUUGAACUAAUUGUUAUGAUCUGUGAGUGGUGUUAGAGGAAGAGUAUUGUUUGCAGGAGUUAGCCCAAGUGUUGAAGCGUGCUUCUGAGAUGGGUGAACCUUUUAGGGGAUGAGAUCAUUAUUUGCCUAAACCUUAGCAACACUCUCUUUAAAUAUUUUAAGCAUGGGACCAAUUUUAUGGUCAACCAUGGUAGUCUUUUUUUCCCAGUUAGAGGCUCUUCUGAUUGGUGUGCUUUUUGAGCUGUGGAUAUUUGUAAUGCAUUUUGCAACUAUUACUUUCUUCAGUUAUUGGCAUGCAUGAUAUGGCUGCAUAUAUUCUCACCAAAAGAAAGAAGGCUAAUGGAAAAUAACUGCCUUUAACUAUCUCAACAGUAUAACUGCCUUCAACAGCUUUUCCCUCCAAAAUACAACACUUAUCCAGCUCUAUUCCUAUACCUCUUCUUCUUAUACGUGACAGUCUGCUGAAAAGUUUCAAACAUGUCCUCAGUGUGUUUAUUUUUUAUGCAGGCUAGGGCCGCUAGGCUGGUGGUGGAAUUUUAAAUAUGCUAGGAUUGUUUUGCAUAUGGAAUUUUAAAGAUAGUGUUGAGUUUCAAUUAAAUUGAACUCUAACAUGUAUGAUGUCUCAGGAUUUAGUUCUUCUCCUCCUAACCUCUGGACGAGAUCCUGGCAUAAUUCCCCGCAAUGCACAUCCUCCAGAACCAGAAGGCUUUGAUGGAACUGCAGAUGUUGGUGCUGGACAAACUCCACAGUUACGUUUGCCACGCAUUAAGGAGGUAGAGGUCAAUGGAGCAGUUGUGAAGAUCAAGUAUUGUGAUACUUGCAUGCUUUACAGACCUCCUCGCUGUUCACACUGUUCAAUAUGCAAUAACUGCGUAGAACGAUUUGACCAUCACUGUCCUUGGGUUGGACAAUGUAUUGGGCUGAGAAAUUAUCGAUUCUUCUUCAUGUUUGUCUUCUCAACAACCCUUCUUUGUAUAUAUGUUUUUGUGUUCUGCUGGGUCUACAUUAGGAGGAUCAUGUCUUCUGAGCACACAUCAAUUUUGAAAGCAAUGAUCAAAACCCCUGCCUCCAUUGUGCUAAUAGUUUACACUUUCAUAUCAAUGUGGUUUGUCGGUGGCCUUACUGCCUUCCAUUUAUAUCUCAUCAGUACUAAUCAAACUACUUAUGAGAAUUUUAGAUACCGAUAUGAUAGGAGGGCAAAUCCUUAUAAUAAAGGUGUGGUUGAGAACUUUAAAGAAAUCUUUUGCUCCGCUAUUCCUUUGUCCAAGAACAAUUUCAGGGCAAAGGUGCCAAGAGAGCCUGCAUUACCAACUCGGCCAAUUGGUGGAGGUUUCAUGAGUCCUAAUAUGGGAAAAGCUGUGGAUGACAUAGAAAUGGGCAGGAAAACUGUGUGGGGAGAUAUGGGUGCUAUGGCUGAUAAUGUUGAGGGGCAAGUCACAAACAAUGAUCGCUUGAACAUAAAGGAUGGUAAUUUAAGUGAAUUAUCCCCGGAAGUGAGGACUGCAGUGGAGGAAGGGGACCAUGGUGGAAUACAUCCAAGAAGAUCUAGCUGGGGAAGAAAAAGUGGAAGCUGGGACAUGUCACCUGAAGUUCUUGCUUUGGCAGCCAGAGUAAGGGAACCAAACCAUGUGGGUGGGAGUAGCAGUGGUAGCUUGACAACUGAGAAACGAGUUUCAUAGAACCAAGUUUCGAUAGAUCAGUUGAGUACAAGUUGGGACCACUUGAGUCCAAGUUCCAAACUAAGAUUUGCAAUGUUGGGGAACCUUUUUAGCUGGGUGUUUGGAAGCAUUGGUUUGGCCAUUGUUCAUGUAGCGGGUGUGAUGGAAUGAUGUAUUGUUGUACGAGUGAGAUUGCUUCUUUUUCAAGUUUUAGUUUGUAUUUGUGGAAUUAGAUGGCAUAUAAUUUGAUUUCACUUCACUUGUGUAA